AUGGCACACAUAUAUUCUACCUACACACUGUCACACAGGAGUCUGGAGGAAACCGUAGCGCUGAUGGGACGAACCCCGUCUGCUGCACCCGACCACUCAGAGACAAGACUCGAUUCAACAAAGUCGCUCAAUGCACAACCACGUACUGUCAAGGACAAACACACAGGGAUGGGCGGCAAAAGGGAGGCCAAGCUUGUUGUGAGGUCGAGUUCGAAGGAACGCUUGUCGACCUCAGGCCGUAUGCAGAGUAAUGAUCGCAACCAGGACCAGUCAUAUGACAGAUCAUCCGAAGAAGCGGCCCACCAAGCAAAAGAGCCUAUUGAUAAAAAGCACCAAUCACAACAGUCCAAAAAUGGGAUGCACCAAGCAAAAGAAUCUCAGGAAUCUCAGCUCAGAUCAAAGGAAUCCAAAACGAGUUACCAAUCAGAAGAGUCGAUCUAUUGCGAAGCAAGUCCUACCAUUGCACAAUCGUUUCAUUCACUUACUUCAGAUGCAGCGCCCGAUUGA